AAAAGGACUUCAAUUGUUUCCCCAGGUGCCAGAUGUGAUCAGCAGCAUCAGACAGUUAUCCAAGGCUGCCAUGAAGGAGGACUCCAAACCCAGCAAAGACAAUGAGGACGCCUUCUACAACUCUCAGAAGUUUGAAGUGCUGUACUGUGGGAGGGUGAUUGUGACCCAUAAGAAAGCACCCUCCAGCCUUAUUGAUGACUGCAAGGAGAAGUUCAGCCUGCACGAGCAACAGCGACUGAGGCUGCAGGGCGAGAGAGGCAGCGAGCCCGGGGACGAGGUGGCUGUCUUUGAGGCUGAGUCUCCUGUGUCCUCUGAUGACAGCCUGCCUGAGAAGGCAGAUAGUACAGCUAACAACCACCGUGCCCUACCCUCCCUGGCCAGCCUCCCCGCCGUGGCCAGCCAACCUGCCCUGGCCAGCUCUCGGGUUUGCUUCCCAGAGAGGAUUUUGGAAGACUGUGGCUUGGAUGAGCAGCAAGAGUUCCGAUCUCGGUGCAGCAGCGUCACAGGCGUCAUGCAAAAGAAAGUUCAUGAGAACAGCCAGAAAACACAGCCAAGAAGGAGGCAUGCAAGCGCGCCCAGUCACGUGCAGCCCUCCGACUCGGAGAAGAACAGAACCAUGCUCUUCCAGGUCGGCCGCUUUGAGAUUAACCUCAUUAGUCCAGACACUAAAUCCGUUGUGCUGGAGAAGAAUUUCAAAGACAUUUCGUCCUGCUCUCAGGGAAUAAAGCAUGUCGAUCACUUCGGCUUUAUCUGCCGGGAGUCUCCAGAGCCAGGGCUGAGCCAGUACAUCUGCUAUGUGUUCCAGUGUGCUAACGAGGCUCUGGUGGAUGAGGUCAUGCUGACUCUGAAGCAAGCUUUCAGCACGGCGGCUGCUUUGCAGAGUGCCAAGACACAGAUCAAGCUGUGCGAGGCCUGCCCCAUGCACUCUUUGCAUAAGCUCUGUGAGAGGAUUGAAGGUCUCUACCCACCAAGAGCCAAGCUUGUAAUCCAGAGGCAUCUCUCUUCACUGAGUGAUAACGAGCAAGCAGACAUCUUUGAACGAGUUCAGAAAAUGAAGCCCAUCAGCGACCAGGAGGAGAACGAGCUUGUCAUUCUGCACCUCAGGCAGCUCUGUGAAGCCAAGCAGAAGACUCACGUGCACAUCGGGGAAGGGCCAGCGAUUAUCUCAAAUAGUACAAUUCCAGAAAAUUCGACAAGUGGUGGGAGGUUCAAGCUUGACAUUCUGAAAAACAAAGCGAAGAGAUCGUUAACCUCCUCAUUGGAAAAUAUCUUCUCUAGGGGAGCCAAUAGAAUGAGAGGUCGGCUCGGAAGUGUGGACAGCUUUGAACGGUCCAACAGUCUUGCUUCAGAGAAGGAUUUCUCACCAGGGGACUCUCCUCCCGGGACACCACCAGCUUCCCCACUGUCCUCCGCCUGGCACGCCUUCCCUGAGGAGGAUUCCGACUCGCCACAGUUCCGACGACGGGCUCACACAUUCAGCCACCCACCUUCAAGUUCAAGGAGGAAGCUGAACUUGCAAGAUGGCAAGGCGCAUGGCUUGCGGUCCCCUCUCCUGAGGCAGGGCUCCAGCGAACAAUGCAGCAUUCUCCCGUCAGCCCGACGCAUGUACAAGGAGAGUAAUUCUUCCUCCAGCCUUCCAAGCCUUCACACCUCCUUCUCUGCCCCCUCCUUCACUGCCCCCUCUUUCCUGAAAAGCUUUUACCAGAAUUCAGGUAGACUGUCCCCACAGUAUGAAAAUGAAAUCAGCGAUGGAGAAGGGAGGAAAAGGACCUCAUCCACCUGCAGCAACGAGUCCCUGAACGCCGGAGGGACCCCUGUCACUCCUCGCCGGAUCUCGUGGAGGCAGCGUAUAUUCCUCCGGGUUGCAUCUCCUGUGAACAAGUCCCCGUCAGCCAUGCAGCAGAGAGAUGGGCUUGACAGGACUGAACUGCUCCCGCUGUCCCCUCUCACCCCCACCAUGGAGGAAGAGCCUCUCGUUAUAUUCCUGUCUGGUGAUGAGGACACAGAAAAAGCUGAAGAAAAAAAGAAAUCAAAGGAACUAAAGAGCCUGUGGAAAAAAGCUAUCCACCAGCAAAUCCUGUUGCUUCGAAUGGAGAAAGAGAACCAGAAACUGGAAGCAAGAAGAGAUGAACUCCAGUCUCGAAAGGUUAAGUUAGACUAUGAAGAAGUUGGCACAUGUCAGAAGGAAGUCUUAAUAACAUGGGACAAGAAGUUGUUAAAUUGCAGAACUAAAAUCAGAUGUGACAUGGAAGACAUCCACACGUCCCUUAAAGAAGGGGUCCCUAAAAGUCGGCGAGGGGAAAUUUGGCAAUUUCUAGCAUUACAAUACCGCCUGAGACACAGAUUGCCCAACAAACACCAGCCUCCAGACACUUCUUAUAAGGAACUGCUGAAGCAGCUCACCGCUCAGCAGCACGCCAUCCUUGUGGAUUUGGGGCGGACAUUUCCCACCCACCCUUACUUUUCAGUGCAGCUUGGGGCGGGGCAGCUGUCACUCUUCAACCUGCUGAAAGCCUACUCCUUGCUGGACAAAGAGGUGGGCUACUGUCAGGGGAUCAGCUUUGUGGCUGGAGUCCUGCUUCUGCACAUGAGUGAAGAGCAAGCCUUUGAAAUGCUGAAGUUCCUCAUGUACGACCUGGGCUUCCGUAAGCAGUACCGACCGGAUAUGAUGUCACUUCAGAUCCAGAUGUACCAGCUGUCCAGACUCCUUCACGACUACCACCGAGAACUGUACAAUCAUCUUGAGGAAAAUGAGAUCAGCCCCAGUCUGUAUGCUGCGCCCUGGUUUCUCACACUCUUUGCCUCUCAGUUCCCCUUAGGAUUUGUAGCCAGAGUUUUUGAUAUUAUUUUUCUUCAAGGAACUGAAGUUAUAUUUAAGGUUGCUCUUAGCUUACUGAGCAGCCAGGAGGCACUAAUAAUGGAGUGUGAAAACUUUGAAAAUAUUGUGGAAUUUCUCAAAAGCACAUUACCUGAUAUGAAUAACACUGAAAUGGAAAAAAUUAUUACCCAGGUUUUUGAGAUGGAUAUUUCCAAACAGUUACAUGCCUAUGAGGUAGAAUAUCACGUGCUGCAGGAUGAGCUUCUGGAAUCUUCCUAUACCUGUGAGGAUAACGAAUGUCUGGAGAAGCUGGAGAGAGCCAACAACCAGUUGAAAAGACAGAACAUGGACCUCUUAGAAAAACUCCAGGUGGCUCAUGCUAAAAUCCAGGCUUUGGAAUCCAACCUAGAAACUCUUUUGACCAGAGAGACCAAAAUGAAGGCUUUAAUCCGGACACUGGAACAAGAUAAAAUGGCUUAUCAAAAGACAGUGGAACAAAUCCGAAAGCUGCUCCCAGCAGAUGCGCUGGCCAACUGUGAAUCGCUGCUGAGAGACCUAACUCACCCCACUAAUGACAAAGCCAAGGCAGGAACUAAGCCAUAGUUUCAGAAGUGGCCUCAGUAGAAAACUUCCUUCCACUACCUGGAAGAAGGCCCCCAUGCACUGCUGGUCUGACGUUGACCAGAAAGCUGAUAGGACAGCUACUUCAGGUGUUGAGGUCAUCAGUAGGCGAUGUAGCUCUCCUCAGAGCAUGCCAUUCUAAGAAAGCCAUCACAGAUAUCCAGACUGUAUUUUCUUCUGGUUGUUGCCAACUAUGUACAUAAAUAUGUAUAGGUGGACAUAAAGAUUCAUGCUUUCAAAUCAAACAGUAGAUAUGUAUUUGGGGCAAUUUUUCUUUUUCAAUCAGAACCUCAUGAAAUCCAUACCCAAGGGAAGUUCAAGUAAGAUUUCUCUUGGGCACACAUGAAAUCCUUUUGUUUUUCUAGUGAAAUGAAUCUAGAACAUCUUUGCAUAUUGAAAUAUACUUGAAAAACAAUGAAUGUAUUCUUCCCUCCGCCCCAAGACUAGCAUGUUUCUCUCAUCAUGGCAGGCAGACACAUUUCCAUAGCUUUAUGUGUCAGUGUCUAUGUUAGCAACAUGACUGGCUACUAGUUUCACCUCAGUGAGUCUCUUACAAAGGUGGGGCCCUUCUGCGCUGCCUGCUGUGUGACAACCAGCACAUCAAAUCUUCACUUCUUUUGAGUCUGGUUAGGCUUUGCUUUAGAUGCACACGAGAAGAAAGCAGGGUGUUGUGGCUGAGUCCACCCACCUCAAGGUGAAGAGGAAUAUUGCUAGUUUUCUAGCAACUUAGACCAGCACUGACCUUCAAACUGAAAAUAUUGGCCCUCAAAAAUACAAUUAAGCUCCUGAAUUAUCUAGAGAAGCUUUCCUGCCUUUUUAUUUAAGUGACCUCUACAGUGGUAAACAGUUGCUUGGUGCUGUAUUUACCAAGUGACAGGGUUUGCUAUUUUCUCACAAAAUUAUGGGAGCCUUCCAUGUAGUUCUUGUGACCUUCGGUUUAGAAUAGGGAAGUAAAAUUAGGAUUGAUUUUCCAAAGAUGAUAUACCAUGUUGAGUUGCUUUUUUUGAUUUUUGCUCAAUAACCAAACACAUUCUUAAUCAUUUUCCCCUUUCAUGUGAAAAAUGUAGAACUGUGAAAUAUCUAGGAACAAACUGUGUAAAGCACACUGGAAGGGAAGA